UGGUCAAUUCGGCAAAUUGAAUCGACCGGCGCCUUAGGAAACGACAGACAGCAGAAAGAACGCCUUAAUUUCAAAAGUUUCUAACAAUUUCAGGGUGAUUAAUACAUUGCAAUUAUUACAUCAGAUUACGGUGACGGUUAUUUUCGUUUUGAAUUUGUUACCUUUCUAAAACUGCAGUUGUUUACAAAUGUCGACGACAGCUACGAUAACUCUCUUUUCAAACUAUCCGGAUGUAGGUGGCGCGGUUAGGUUUAUCGGCUCUCAAAGCGUGCUUCGUAACCAACAUGACAACCAUGUUCUUUUUCAGAUUCAGUGAUAAAAGGAAAUUUUAUGAAUGAUAAGAAAGGAACUCUCUUCGUAAUGGAUUUAGAUAUGUCAGCUAUUCACACUUGCUCCUUUCCUUUGCACGUGAAUGCGUUACGCAUUGAAGCAGCGGUUUGGCGUUCCCUCGUCUGCCAGCCACUAGCGAAAAACACGCCUGCUGUUUGGGACAUCACCGAUGUGAAAGCAGAACCCCUAAGUCUGAUUGGCCACACAAAGGCAGUGUCUGCACUUUGUUUCAGUCACGAUGAACCCGUUCUUUUGUGUUCUGCAGCCGACGAUUAUGUAAUUGUGUGGAAUAUUCGCAAAUGUCAGCAUGACUUUGCCAAGCAACUCAAAGUCACAGGGAACGUUGUAGUUGUGAGACCUGGAACGACCACCUAUAUCAGCUUUAGCCUUGAUGCUGAACAUAUAGCACUAUGUGUAGAUUCGGUAGUGAAAAUUGCUAGUGUUUCGAAGGCAAAAAUAGUUGCAGAACUUGCGAGUCACCAGGCGAAAGUGACGGCGGCAGAAUUUUGCCCACACUACAUUGGAACACUCGUGUCUAUUUCAGACGACAGAACAUUUAAGGAUCAAUUAAACUCUGCAUCUUCUUUGGAUGAUGCUUUGAGCAUGGUUGCAAAGACUCCACUGCUAGAGGAUUCACCACUCAAAAUUGAGCUUGUGCCAAAGGGAGAGACUACAAGGAAUGGUCUAUCAGCUAGCCGUCAGUCAACAUUAAACAAAAAGAAGAAGCCUGAUCCUAUGAAUCAGCCAUUAACAUUCAAAUCUAGCAUCAAGUCUUCUGGCUACUUUCAAUCCCCAUGCAGAACCAUGUUUAAACCCAAAAUCAAUAACAGCCAGAAAUCCAAAGAUGCAGAGAGGCAUCCCACAGGCAGAAGUCAAUUCUGUGUACAAGAGUACCCAAGUGAUGCUGGUCCACCACGAGAGAUUGAGGAAAAAUUAAAUGUAAGUGCUAUUCCUACAGCCAUAAGGAGUCUGAAGUUCUCACCCUCUGGAAAGGGCUUAGCUUGUUCACUCACCAACAUGUCCAUGUUGGUGUUUCACAUCCCCUAUGGCCAGAAAGAAAGCAGCAUUUUUGUGGGGCAUGAAGGUGCUGUUAAUACAGUUCACUGGAGCAACUGUGGCAAGUUUCUCAUCACUGCAUCUAAUGAUAAAAGUGCCAUUGUGUGGGACAGAAGAUCUGGAGAAGUACUUCUUCAGCUUUCAACAUUCAGCCACAACUUUAAGGAAACUCAGAGUUCAGGAAAAAGCAAGGAUGCUACUGCUUUUCUGAAAGAAGUCAAGGGAGCACAAUUCUUUUAUAUGGACAAGUUUAUCUUGCUCAUUGUGUGUAACUGCCUGUGUUUGUACAAAUAUCACCUGGAUGGAAGUAAAGAUGACAUCAAAAGAUACCAGGUGAAAAGCAAGUACAAACUGGUGAAACAGUGGGAAAGCCCCAGUCAGAACUUGACUGCUCUUGCUGCUGUCAAUUCCUUUUACUCACAUCUUGCUUUAUGUGCAGGUUCAAACCGAGAUGUGGAAAUCUUUGACCUGAACAUAGGGCAACAGUCACAUGUGUUCUCAGAUGUUCAUGUCAAGCCUGUGCACAGCAUUGGCCUGAAUGAAGGAUCAACCUUUACCUCUCAGCCUCUGGAUGCCUUCAAUGUCUUUGCCACCUCCUCUAUAAUGGACUGCAUCAAGCUUUGGGAUGUUCGAACCAAGGGCUCUGUCAUGAGGCUGGAGGGUCAUGCAAACAAUGCACAUGGAUGUGGCCUUUCCUUCAGUCCCUGUGGAACCUUCCUUGGAUCUGGUUCGGAAGACAAAAUAGUGUAUGUUUAUGAUUUAAGAUCUGGAACUUAUUGUCAGAGGUUAAGAGGUCAUUCUGAUGUUGUAUCUGCAGUAGCAUUCAAUCCUGGAUGGCCAUUGAUGGCAGCAGGCAGCACAGAUGGGAAAAUCUUUCUUUACAAAACUUAACCUUUUGCCAUCUCCUUAAGUACUUUCUUUAUACAGGACAGGACAUCUCAUUUAGAUAGACACAAGCAGUUUUGGACAUAUGUUUGUGUAGCCAAGGAUCUUGUACAGUGCCUGUGCAGGGUUUCUUGUUGAGGGCUUACUAUGAAAACAUUUCCUAGAGAUGAAAAAUGUUGUUCUCAUAACCAGCUUAUAAAUAAUUGCUUUAAAAAAAAUCAAGUUCUAGAAAAAUGUCACAACACACAGCACCAGAACAGAGCUGAAUUUCCAAGAGGGUUAAGAAGGCAAGGGACACUGAACAUCUGGGGCACUGCAUGUGCAGAAAGGCAGAACCCAGCCUUCUUCGUUCACCAGCAUCUUUCUAGAAAAAAUAGUUAUCUGACUUAUCAUUUUUUCUAGAAAGAUGCUAGGUGGAUAAGUGGAGUUUUACAUACACAAACCCAAGCCAACCUGGAACCAGCAACCUUUAGCUUUAACUGAGCACAAUAACUGCUAGGCUACGUAGCCUUCUCAGUUUCUUAGGUGCAGCUAUAUGCUUCUGACAGAAAGACAUUUAGCAAUAAUCAUUUUGCUGGUUUUUCUCUCCACUAAAAGAUAAGUAUAAAAUAUGCUUGCAAGAAAGCUCUUUUAAAAGUAAGACAAGCAUAUGUUUCAAGUUACUGCUGACAAAAACAAGAGCUUGAAACACACAGUGCCAAAGAUUUUUCUAUUUAUAUUGUUUAGAGUCCUUUUUAAAGAUGAUGAGCUGACAACAAAAGUAAAAUAUGUGAUGGAUUGAUAAUAAAUGAUUGAGUAUACAUGGAAAAGCUGUUAAUGUCUGCAUUGUCAGAAAAGACAUACCAGCCUUCUGACUGCAUCAUGUAUUGGAAGCUUUCCAGAUAUGCUGCUGAAGCCUGCUUUUGAAGAUAUGUAACAUUUCUAAUAUCCAUGCCUAGACCCCAAUACCCAGGUAACAGGAAAAACCAUUAACAGUGGAAAAAAGUAAAUCUGACAUUUACUGGCAAAGCAGGUAAACUUAUUUGAGAUGUUUCCAAGUUACCUUUCUAUUUCAAAUUACUUUCCAGGUGACACAUCUUUGCUUCCUAGAAGAGCAAGUGUCAUGCAGUGUGUGUUAGUAUUUGUUUAGUCCCUGUCAGCAGUUCAUGUUCUGAACUCCUGCAUUAAUAUUAUCUGGUUAGGCAGUGCAAUGAUUGGGCAUCUUGCAAUUUUGUAUUGUUUUCUCAUCACUCAUCUUUUUUUCCAUCUCAGCUCUUGUAUAGGGAUUGUGGCUGUUACAGUAAUGAUGCAGAUUCAGUUACAGACCUACAAAUUUCGUUUUUUGCAAAAUACACUUCACAGCAAUAAAAAGAUAAGUGUGCAUGUCAUUAAAAGGUGACACGUGGUUUUCCAGGAGUUCUUGUUGGUGGUAGUUAUACAUAUGUUCAUGAAUGCACACACAUCUUAAAGAGUAUAUGGCUUACUUCUUGAUUCACACAAUAGCAAUGUUCAAAGCAGCAGCCAGGAGGUGGGGGGAUAUGAUUAAAGUUUUAUGCUGAGCCAGUAACUAAGACUUUAUCAUGGCAAGGCAGACAGCCCUGUAAACAGAUGUCACAUACAGAGAAAGAACAGCAUGCCCAAGAUGAGAGCUGAACCCAGAACAGCCAACCCUCACUGCAUUGGUGACAGGCACUUAACGUUGCGCCACUGGAUUGCCCGCAGUGGCAAGGAUAAUGCAAUAAUUUUUUUGUUCACAAGUAAUAUUAGUAUGGAACUGUCCCAAAUGAGUAGCAAUAAUUACCUUCCUCUUUUCAGAAGAAAAAAGACCAGUUAAUCAAGAUAAGCAUACCAGGCAUGUGAAAUAUUAUAUUGUCUUCAAGAGCAAAAUGUUACUUUCGUGUUAUUUUUAUCCUGCUUUGUAAUGUGAUCCUUUAAAGUCUUCCUUUACUUUAAAAAAAAAAAAUUGUGGCUCGUGUAGUUUAUGAUUUGGUUGUUGAUACUCCACCUUUCAACAUAAAAAUAAUACUGUUAAUGGCUUAUUCAACACUCUCAUUUGAAUCCGUCAAGUUAAUCUGAUGUGGAUUUGUUUUUUGUAAUCUAUGAGUUAUCAAGGGAUUGAUGACAGAAAAUCGAUCUCUUUCAUUAUGUUGUAUUCAGAACAUCUGACUGCAUAUGGUUUUUAUUCCCACCUCUACAAUGCUGAUAACAACAGUUAGGCAGAAUAACUGUCAAGACUAAAAUAUAAUUAAUACCAAGUUGUGAGCACUCAUGCCUUGAUAAUUUUAUUGAUUACUACUAAUAGAGCCAUUUUUUCAGCCCAAGGACGUUUUUAUGUACAGUCCAACAAUAAAGGGUUGAUAAAAA